CUAGUCCAAUAGCGUCUAGUUUAUGCAAUAUGGGUACGGGUGUGAUUGACUCUGGUCCUUUUGAACAUUUUUUUUAGUGGUAAUUACCCAUAGUGCUUUUCCUUUUCAUUUUUAACUUUUUCUGUUUUCAAUUUCGGUUUUUUCAUUUCACUUUUAGCCACGUCUCCUAACGUCUUCCACAAGUAGAAAAUAUUGGGAAGGGGGCAGGGGAGAUUUCCGAUCAUCAACGUUUCUGGUGAAAGAAAUAUGGCAGAGCCGACGGGAGAUCAGAUCAACUUUAACUCUCUUCUCAGAGAAGUGGAUCCCAUGGCCCGAUUGAGCUCAAACGGUUGCUGAAACGAUCGUUGCAACGCUCCUAACACUCCGGGAGGCAACGAAUACGUUUUAAAAACAUCGAUUUCUAUUUGAUGUCCUCGUCCCACCGUCGUCCGCAAACCAGGCGAUCGAUCUAGCGGUCUCCAGGCUCGGAAGAGGGAGUAGAGUCAUUGUUUAACACUUUAGCUAAGUAGUAUGCUUUUGAACAAACCGGUGAGCCUAUAUUGUUUUGAAUGCAUCUCAAAUGUAAAGGAAUUCAGAUUUUUGUUGAUGACAACUUUACAAAACCGAACAAGUAUAACCUUAUGUGUUAACCCUCGUCGCACUAACCUUCACUUUUUUUUUCUUCACUUUUUCACUUUUUUCCAGUUAAUCUUCUGUCAAAUCCAGGAUUUGGCACUCUGGAGAUAAACUCCAAUUAACAUUGUUGUAGAGCUUCUUCUUCUUAGGGCCAAGAGAAUUGAAGAUAAAUUUCAUUACUACAUCAAGUGAGUUAACCUUUCAAUUUUAUUCACUAUUUUUCUAUAGUGAAUAAUAGUGAACAAAUAGGUGAAAAAGUGGCCUUUGCAGUCCAAUUAACAUUAUACUUAAGGUUCACUAUUUCAAUAAAAUAACUGCAAAGUCCACUUUUUCACUAGAAGGAUCAUUAAUGAACAAAUAGGUGUGAUUGCAACGAGAGAGAGAGAGAGAGAGGGGAAGCUAUGAGUUCCAACGUGGAAGGGAAUACAUCAUCACCGCCUCCCUCAGUGGAGGAGGAAGAUCAUCUCCACUGUUCCACCAAAAAGAUCAAACAGGCAGGUAUGACUGAAAUUGGUAAGCGAUCAAACACCUCUUUCUGGGAGGCUGAGAGGAAGGUCGGCUCUUCUCAUGUCUGGAGGGAUAUUAUUACAUGCAAAAGUAUCAUUCAACGAGGGUUAUGCUGGCAGGUAGAGACUGGGAAAGAUAUUUCCUUUUGGUUUGAUCAUUGGGUACGUGACAGACCGCUAUAUGAAGACUUGGGCUCUCCUCUUCUGGCUUCAGCGAGCUUAGUCAAAGUGGUGGAUUUUAUCACUCCUUCCAAGCAGUGGAAUGUUACUAAAUUGGAAGAGAUGCUGCCCGAGGAUGUAGUGAGUGAUGUUAGAGCUAUCCCCAUACCACACGAGAAGGAGAACCGUGAUAGCAUUUACUGGAGGUUUUCAGCCACUGGUGAGUUCACUAUCAAAUCUGCUUACGAGGCUUCUUUUUUUAUUUAGGCCGAAGAAGAUAUGAGCUGGAUAUGGAGAAUAAAUGCAGCAGAGAAGGUGCGUUGCUUCCUCUGGUAGGCUGGGAAGAACAGAGUUCUGACAAAUGCGGAAAGAGUUUAGAUGACAUCUCUCAAAUGAUUCAACAUGUCUAUUUGCAAUACUGAAGAGGAAACCGUCCUCCAUAUGCUGUGUGACUGUGAAUUUGUUGCAACAUGUUGGACCAAAGCUGCAUUUGGUGUUCCUAGGAUGAGAGAUUGGUUUCUCAAUACUUUGGAAUGGAUAUGGAGACACUGCCAAGGGAAGGGAAGAAAUUCGGACAGGAUUCCCCACGCUUCCAGGUUUGCUUAUGUUAUUUGGUGUUUAUGGAAAGCUCGUAACGCUUGGAUUUUUGAAGGCUUCCGUCCAGAUGCAGAUAGAGUUGUGAGGACCGCAUAUGCACAUGCAGAGGAGUAUAACAAAGUAAGUGUUAGGGAUGGAAUAAAACAAUUAAAGGUGGCUAACUAUAUUAAGUGGAUUCCACCCGACUCCGAAUCUUUCAAGCUAAAUUGUGACGGCUCCAGUUGGGAUGACGGGAGAGAGGCAGGAGCAGGUGGAGUUAUUCGGAAUCACAAAGGGGAAUGGAUUAUUGGAUUCACAUUGAACAUUGGGAGAACUGAUAGCUUCAAAGCGGAACUCUGGGGACUUCGUCAGGGAUUGUGGUUGGUUAAAGAGCUGAAUUUGAAGAAGGUCGUCGUGGAAGUGGAUUCAGAAAGUAUGAUAAAGGCACUCAAAAGGAGACGCGGCUUGUGGAUAGCGAAUAUCGGAGUCCUAGUUCGAGAUUGUUGAAUACUACUCGAGGAUGGUCGAUUCGUUCAAAUUAAACAUAUCUACCGUGAAGGAAAUAAAUGUGCCGAUAGGCUUGCUAAUGCUGCACAUCAAGUUCCAAAGGGUCUUUCAGUUCUUGAAUCAGCUCCAAGUUGGAUCAAACAACUUCUUUGAAAGGAUGCUAAUGGGUUAGAGAGUAUUAGAUUUUAAUAUGUUUUUUCCUAUUUUUAUUUCCGUUGUAAAAAAAAAGUAUACAGCUUAAGGCUUAAGUGCCUUCUGUAGUGAUAGUAUUACAAAUUAUAACUUCUUAAGGCUUAAGUGCCUUCAACGUAAUGAUAGCAUAGGGCUUAAGGCUUAAGUGUUGUUAAGUGUCGUUACUAUCGUAAGCAGGCUUAAGGUUAUUCUUGAAAAGACAUCUUUGGUUAGUCUAUUUUUGAAGAAACUUUCAAAAG